CUAGUGCACCGACACCCACGUCUAUCGGGUCCCAGUCUUUUUGCAGCGGCGUUAUCUAAUCUCUGGAAAAAAUUCCUGUCGGAAAACGGCACUUCUGUCGUUCCGCCGCGCCCAAUCACGAACCAAUGACCCCACAUUCUCUCUGCAUGCCUCCUGGUCCGUGCAUCUUUUUGGAGCUCCCAGAAAAAAAGUCCGACGAAAAAUUUCAAUCACCCAGCCAAAGUGUAUAUCCAGUGCUCAACCCGCCACCAAGAGGAUACCACUUGCGCCUCUGACACCCCCCAAUUCGAUUUUACACAACGUGGGAACUGCCUGUCUUGACCCAAUUCACCUUCCCCAUUUACAACAACUCUCAACAAUACCUUCCGAAUAAACAAUCAGACAUGGCUCCCUUCGUGCCUCGUGGCGGUGGUCGCGGCGCUCCCCGCGGAGCUGGUGGACGCGGUGGUGGCCGCGGAGGCUUUGGCGGCGGUGACCGUGGUGGCCGUGGCGGCUUCGGCGGUGAUCGCGGUCGCGGAGGCUUCGGCGGACGUGGCGGUGGUCGCGGUGGUGGUCGCGGUGGUGCUCGUGGCCGUGGAGGCAUUGACAAGCGCGGCGGCAGGGGUGGCGGUCGUGGAGGCGGCAAGCCUGGUCAGAAGGGUGGCCAGAAGGUCAUUGUGGAACCCCACCGUCACGAGGGUAUCUUCGUCGUCCGCGGUAAGGAGGAUGCCAUUGCAACCCGCAACAUCGUCCCUGGCGAGUCCGUCUACGGCGAGAAGCGCGUUUCGGUCGACGACAGCGUCCAAAACGAGGACGGCACCACCACAACCACCAAGGUCGAGUACCGCGUAUGGAACCCUUUCCGCAGUAAGCUGGCUGCUGCCGUCAUCGGUGGUCUGGAGAAGCUCUACUUCGGACCCGGCUCCAAGGUCCUCUACCUCGGUGGUGCGUCUGGUACCUCCGUCUCCCACGUUGCCGAUAUUGUCGGUCCCACCGGUUUCGUCUACGCCGUCGAAUUCUCGCCUCGCUCCGGCCGUGAUCUGAUCGGCAUGGCUGCCAAGCGUACCAACGUCGUCCCCAUCGUCGAGGAUGCCCGUCAGCCUCUCAAGUACCGCAUGCUCAUGCCCAUGGUCGAUGCUAUCUUCGCCGACGUCGCCCAGCCCGACCAGGCCCGUAUCGUCGCUAUGAACGCUCACCAGUUCCUCAAGGUCGGCGGCGGCAUCCUCAUCUCUAUCAAGGCCAACUGUAUCGACAGUACUGCCCCGGCUCACAAGGUCUUCGCCAUGGAGGUUGAGAAGCUGAGAGCGGAGCGCAUCACGCCCAAGGAGCAGCUUACGCUAGAACCCUUCGAGCGUGACCACUGCCUGGUCGCUGCCGAGUACUCGCGCUACUCGAAAUAAGGUGCGAAGACAUAGGAGACGAUGAAAGACUGGUGUGAAAAAGCAUGCGUUGUGCGUGAUAGAGUGGGGGUGGGUGAGCGGUUGAAUCUGUACAUUUGCGAGAUUCCCACGAGAUUUGACUUUUGCUUCAAUGGGUACGGUCGGUCGGACUUCAUCUGGACAGGCGUUAGGAAUUUAGGACUGGUCUAGUUCAGAACUU